AUGCCUGAAAUCACCAUUGAUAACCCUGGCAUUCCCCUCUUUCGUCUCACUCUCCUGGGCUCUCCGCGUUCCGGGAAGACCUUUUUGGCCAACUCCAUCGUCAACAACUUGGCUCCUCCUGUUUACAAGCACACCUACCUCCCCGAGCUCUACUACUACGUUCACAAGCUUUCCAUCGACGCCAACUUCGAGGGCUCUUCUUAUGACGAUGUGAACACCUUCUGCUUCGAGAUCGAGGACACCACCACUGACGCCAACAUCAUCACCUUCAUGGACAUGCGGAGCUUCCGAUACGAGUUUUACGAGGAGUCUCAGAAUUACGUGCCCUUCGCUUACUACGAUCCUCCUAAGGUGCCUCUCAACUACAACGACACCUACUCCCCUGUUGCUCAGCGGCGCAUGUCCUUCCUCGUUUUGUUCGACGUGACUUCCAGCGAGUCCUAUCUCAACGCUCUCGCUAUCAUUGAGCUUCUUCUCGGCCGCAAUGACUACGUCGGCGUUUACGAGCCCGUCGUCGCUCUUGUUGCCAACAAAAUCGACCUCGUUCGAUCUGACCAUGAGGUCUUCGCCAUGGCUGAGACUUACACUCAGAGCAAGAACAUCCCCUUUUACCGCGUCUCAUCUCUCACUCGCAAGAACGUGAAGGGCAUGAUGCGCGAAGUUGCUCUUCUCAUUUACGGGAACGUGCGUCUUUGGGAGCUCGUGCUAACAAACGGCUAA